AAGAUGACAUAUGAAAUGGUUGGUAGUUACAUGUAUACAUAGUUUGCCGCCACGAUUGUUGCCUUAGCUAUAACAUUGUAUAUUUGAGUUAUUUAUACGAAUAAAAGUCGAAAGAGAUAAAGUGUGUUUUUUGUAAUCAAUAAAAGCACUUGUUUUUCAUCAUUAUUCUUUGUUACUUUGUCUGUUACUUGAAAGACAAAAUGAAUAAAUAGCAUAUAUACAAGAAGUGUGUAAUAUAUCACACUAAUUAAUAUCUAGUUAUAAAUUUAUUACUUCGAUGGAAUACAAUGAUAUUGGUUGAAAAUGUUAUAAUACAUAUGCAUGAGGAUAUUAAUAUUAACUAAAUUAGUUAAGAGGUCUUUGUAUAAAAAUAUUGAUAUCCAAUAUAAUGCAGAAUGGAUAUUAAUCUCAGCAGUAUAUAAGUUUUUACAGUAUAUAGAAGAACAUAAUUUUAUGACUAUUUAGAAUAAUGGAUUCAAAUAUUGACAUAACAUCAACCCAAACAUCUAACAUAUUAUCUUUAGUACAAAAUGAUACAAGUUUAAAAACUAAUAAUGAAAAUGAAAAUUCCAUAGAAAAAUCUAUAUGUGAAACUCUAGAACCUGAUCAAAUAAAUCUUGUAAAUGAAGAAAAUGUUAGUGCAAAUAUACAGUCAGAUAAAAUUAUUUGUGAUAAGGAUGUAAUUGUCGAUAGUAAGGAAUCAAAUGUUAAAAACACAAACACAAGAGAAACUGCAAAUGAUUCAAAUGUACGUACAGAUGAAAUUUCAAAAGAAUGUAAUAUAAAAACACAGGAAUCCACUUCACAAAUUACUAAUAAACAUAUGGAUCAGUCUCUUACAAAUAAAGAAAAUAACAGUUUAGAAAUUCCUGAUAUCAAUGUCUUAACUGAAAUUUCGAGUGAACAAUUAGAAACUAUUAAUUUAAUAAAUGAACAUAAUGUUAAUGAUCCAAAAGAAACAAUAUCACAAAAUACUAAUUCAAAGAACAUAGAAGAUUGUUCUCUAGAAGAAGAAAAUGUAAACAAUACAGAUGUAAUUGAUACAGUUAUGCAAGAAUCUACAAUAGGUAUGGAUAAUACACAAUUACUUACAAAUGAUACAGAUACAAAAAGUAAAAACCCAGAUGUACAUGAAGAUAUUGAUAUAUCAAACAUAGAUCAGGGAACAUCUGAUAAAAAUAUAUCUGUACCAGAAAAUACUGAAUUUGUACAAUUUUCACAAGACAAACAUGGUGAUUCUCAAAUUGAAAAUCAGUCUAUAGAUGCUGAAGAUCCUUUCGCUGGAGACAAUCUGACCUCUGAAAAUGUUGAACAAAUGGAAACAGAUAGUCCUACAGAAACAAGUGUUGAUUUUUCAAAGCUAUGCGAACAAAGUGAUAUUCUUCAAAGUAUUGUUCAUACAAGAGAUAUUGAUUUUAAUACAAAGUUAAAUAAUAGUGACAAAGUGAAUUCAUUACAAGAGGAUGACAGAGAUAAGAUUUCUCUUGAUAAUGAACAUCAUUCAGCUAUUUCAAAAGAAUGUUCUGAAUCUAUGCCAAAUAAGUCACAUUCAUCUGUAACAAUUAAUACAGAGAAUAAAAGAACUCUUUCAGCAGAAGAUAUAUUGCUAACAAAUACUGCAGAAUCUAUUAACAGGUGUAAUAAACAUGUAAAAAAGGAUGCAGGAACUGUAACACCAAUGGAAACGGAAGAAGAACAAUCUAAUAUAUUACCUGGACAAGAUGAUGAAUUGUGUAUUAUUCCAGAUAGUAUGAAAAUGAUAAUACCAGAAAAAGUAAUGGAAAAAGAAAAUAAUGACAAAAGUAAAUCCACAUUGGAUGAAAUUGUUAUUCAAGAAGUGGGACAAAAACCAAUUGCAAAAAGCAUAGAAAGUACUAUAAUAAAUCAUCAAGAAAGAACUAUAGCAGACAAUCAUACUAACAAAGAGCAAAUACAAAGUAUACAAGAACAGCAUACAUAUGUGGAGAAAGAUGUGCCAAUAACUACUGAUGUUAUAAAUCUUGAUGAUGAAUCUAAACAUUCUGAGAUUGAAGAAAUUUCAUCAAAAGAAAUGUGCAAACAGUGCAAUGAAGAAAGAUCAUGUAAAAUUAAAGUAAAGAUUGGCCUUGAUACUUUCAAUGUGUGUUCUAAAAUAUGUAAAACAUUAUUUAAAACUGCUAAUAAUAGAGCAACAGACAUACCAAGUGAUACAGUUAAUUCAAAAAGAGAUAAACGCUGUGCAAAUUGUUUAUUAAUCAUUGAAACAAACGAUGAAAAAAAUCUUUCAUGGGAAACAAUGGAAUUUUGUAAUGAAGAGUGUUUAGGAAGAUUUCAAAAUAAAUAUGGAAGCUAUUGUAGAAAUUGCAAUGGUUCUGUUCAAGCAGUAAGUUUAGGAAAAUAUUGUGUACGUUUUGGUUAUGAUGUCAGACAAUUUUGUUGCUCUACAUGUUUAGAAGAGUUUAAAAAAGGUUUAAAAGUAUGUAGUUACUGUCAAAAAGAUAUAAGUUCAGGUACAGAAGGUUUCUUAGCUCCUGUUGGUGACAAAGGACAAUUUAAAGAUUUUUGUACCCAAAACUGUAUGGAAAAAUAUUCAAAAAUGAGCUCUACUGAUCUUCCAAAUAUAGAAAAAAAAUCUUGUAGUGUCUGUCGAGAAGAGAAACUUGUACAUUGUGAAGUCCAAUUACAUAGAGCUAAUCCAGUAGCUAUAUGUAGUGAGCCAUGUUUUGCAGCAUUUAAGUUUGUGAACAAAGUUGAUCCAGACCAAUGCUCUACUUGCAAACAAUUUUUUGAAUUACAAAAUAAGAAAAAUUUUGUUAUCUUUUAUGAAAAUGAAUCCCAUACAUUUUGUAACAAAACGUGUUUAAAUAUAUUUAUAAUUACAAAUAGGAAAAUAGUACCUUGUAAUUGGUGCAAAGUAAAAAAAUAUAAUUUUGAUAUGAUUAAAAAAGAAUUAAAAAAUGGACAGAUUAUGAUGAUGUGUAGUUUAAAUUGUUUAACAUUAUAUCAGGUAUCUAUUAAUGCAGUAUCAGCAAAACGUAUAAAUUGUGACUUCUGCAAAGAAUUUUCUCAAGCACAAUAUCAUUUAACUAUGUCAGACGCAACAAUACGCAAUUUUUGUUCAUAUAAUUGUGUCAUGAAUUUUCAAUCUCAAUAUACAAAAUCCCCAAUAACAAUACCGUCGAGUGAUGAUCCUGUUCCAACAGGAAUGCCAAAACGGACAAUGCCGCAAAGAACUACAAAUCAGACUACAUCAAAAGUGAAUGAAAUGCAGAAUAAAAAAAAUAUGCCAGUUAUAUCUUCAGUAACAAGUUUAGCUACUAUAGGAAAUGGACAAGCCAGUCCAUCUGCUACACAAAAUAACGUGAAUACUACAGUUCAAAAUCAAGUGCCACAGAUCAUUUAUAAACAACAGAUUAUCACAAGACCACCUAGCCCAACAAAUAUUCAUAAUAAAAUUACUCAAUGUAAACCCUUAAUGCAUACAAAGGGCGUUUCUGUACGUCCACAUCCUUGCACUAAGUCGACGCAAACAGAAGAAACUCAACAGAUGGUAAUUCCAAUACCAGUACCAAUUUAUGUUCCAUAUCCUGUACAUAUGUUUAGUAUGCCUUUUCCGAUACCAUUACCUUUCCCAAUUCCUAUACCUGUCCCUGUUUUUAUACCUACAACAAGAAAUAGUACUAAAGGAAUUUUUAAAGACAUUAAAAGGAUACAAGAAAAGAUACCAGCUGAUCCUUUUGAAGCUGAACUUCUUAUGAUGGCUGAAAUGGUAGCUACAGAAAAAAAAACUAAUGAGACUGAUUCUGAUUCAGCAGAAGAUAGGGAUGAUGAUGGAGGUGAUCAUGAUAAUGCACAUAGUGACAGCUUUAGUCCAGAUGGUGUUGAUUCUAAUAAUACUUUUGGUGAUAUGUUACAAAUGGCAUUAAAAAUGGCUACUGGAGAAUUGGAUGAACCAGCAGUUGACUUAGAAGCUGCUUUAACACCAAAUACAAUAACAGCAACUCAAACUCCAGCACAAUCUGAAGCACCUAUAGAUAACGAUGUUCAAAUAGAACGUUCAAUAACUGCUCGUGGCAGAAAACGAGUAGUUCCAUACAAAUCUCGAUCUACUCCAAAUAAGAAAAGUAGACGCGUUUCUGCUACUAAUGAUAUGCCACUCAUGCCUCCUCCAGAACCUCAGCCACCUCCUCAACCAAGAAUUAUGGAGCCUAUAGAAAAGCCAGAUGCCAAUAUGGCUUUAAAAUAUACAUUUGGAGUUAAUGCUUGGCGACAAUGGGUAGUAGCAAAAAAUGCAGAAUUAGAAAAACAAAGUACACCAUUAAGGAAAAUGAAACUAUUUAAAACAGAUCUUUUACAACUUACAGCAGAUGAAUUGAAUUAUUCAUUGUGUCUUUUUGUAAAAGAAGUAAGAAAACCAAAUGGUGCUGAAUAUGCUCCUGAUACAAUAUACUACCUUUGUUUGGGAAUACAACAAUAUUUAUUUGAGAAUAAUAGAAUAGAUAAUAUUUUCACAGAUUCCUAUUAUGAAAAAUUUACAGACUGUCUAAAUGAAGUUGCAAAGAAAUUUUCUGUCCUUUAUAAUGAUACACAAUAUAUUGUAACAAGAGUAGAGGAAGAACAUUUGUGGGAAUGCAAACAAUUAGGUGCUCAUUCGCCACAUGUACUUUUGAGUACACUUAUGUUUUUUAACACAAAACAUUUUAAUCUUGUGACUGUAGAAGAACAUAUGCAAUUAUCUUUCUCUCACAUUAUGAAACAUUGGAAACGAAAUCCGGCAGCACAGCCUGCAACAGUUGCUGGAAAAGUUCCAGGUUCACGAAAUGUACUUUUAAGAUUUUAUCCACCACAGUCAGCUCUUGAAGCUAAUUCACGAAAGAAGAAAGUUUACGAACAACAAGAAAAUGAAGAAAAUCCUUUAAGGUGUCCUGUCAAAUUAUAUGAAUUUUAUUUAUCAAAAUGUCCAGAAAGUGUUAAAACGCGCAAUGAUGUUUUCUAUUUAUUGCCAGAAAGAAGUUGUGUACCCGAUAGUCCAGUAUGGUAUUCGACAUCACCACUUGCCAAGGAACAUUUGGUAAAAAUGUUAUAUCGCGUUAAAAUGGUUAAAGAAAUUAAUGUAGCUCUAUUGACUAGUUAGUUACAUUCUCGCGAAUUUCAUUUCUGUUAAUAGAGCAGAAAAUCUAGAGAUGUUAAUCGUUUUUUAUGUAUGUUAUCUUAAAAAACUAAUAAUUAUAGAUUACGGUGAUUAUGUAUUGAAAAUUAAUUAUUUGAAUCUUAUAAUUUCUGUUGUAAAUUUUUCACUUCCGAAUAAAUAUAAAUUCUUAUUAUAAACAAAAUAUAAGAAAUACAUACUUAUUAUAUACAAUAUUGAUUUAUAUUAUUUAAGCAGAAUGAUUAAGAAAAAAAAUAUUUACAUGAAACACGGGAAUAGCAAAAUAUAUAUAUGCAGAGUUUAAACAGUUUUUCUUUGUGUAAACUGUUUUAAAAAGCAAUAAAUGUAAUAGGCAUAAAAUAUGAAAUAAUAUAAUAAACGUAAAAUAUUAAAUACUGCAUAGUACAUAUGCAUAGGUAACAAUUUGUGCGAAUGAAAUGAUCACGUAACUUCUAUAGAUUUUAAUAUAAAUAGUUAUUAUUGGCCUGUAUGUAUAUAACAUCAUUUAUAAGGUAAAGAAUAUAAUAAGUGUAAAUAGAAUUAGUAUACUUUUAAAUAUAAAUGCAUUUUAAAUACUGUAUUCUUGUCAUUUUUUCAUGUGUGUAUUCUUGUAUUUUAUAUUACAAAUAAGUAAAUAUUUGAUGAUAACAUUUAUUAUGGAUAUUUCUUUCCAUGCAUAAAGUUUUUUUUUAUAAACUUUAAGUUAUUGUAAUCUUUAAUUAUUAUUAUUAUUAUUAUUAUGUACUAAUAAUUAUGAUUUAGAAUAAGGUCAUAUUGGUGACAAAAGUUGGAGAAAAAAGCUUAAACAAAUGAACCUGUUUUUCAAGUACUACUAUUAACAUUCCAUUGUGAUAAGUAUACUAUAAUGUAUACUAUA